AUGCCCAAUGUGAACCUCCCUUUCUGCCAGGAGACGCAGAGAAGAGCGUUAUUUCGUUUGUUCCCAGCAGCCUCUCCUCUUCCUUCCUCCACGGACCUGCUGAUUCAGGACAGCCCCGAUUCUUCCACCAGCCCCAAAGUAAGACUACCCGCUUUGGCACAGAAGAGUGCCUUGAAGGAGGACAAGGCCCAGGUCAAGAAACAGAAGAGCAGAACGGUGUUCUCUGCCACCCAGCUGUGUGUACUCAAUGACAGGUUCCAGCGGCAGAAAUACCUCAGCCUCCAGCAGAUGCAAGAGCUUUCCAACAUCCUCAACCUCAGCUACAAACAGGUUAAGACCUGGUUCCAGAACCAGAGAAUGAAAUCUAAGAGGUGGCAGAAAAACAACUGGUCAAAGAAUGUCAACAGCCUGACCCAGUUUCAGACGGCCUCGGCACCUACGGAAUACCCAGGCCUCUACUCUUCCUACCACCAGGCGUGCCUGAUGAACACAUCUGGAAACCUUCCAGUGUGGAGCAACCAGACCUGGAACAACCAGACCUGGAACAGCAGCCAGCCUUGGAGCAACCAUUCCUGGAACAGUCAGACCUGGUGCAGCCCAGCCUGUAACAACCAGGCCUGGAACAACAACCCCUUCCUUAACUGCGGGGAGGAAACGCUACAAUCCUGCCUGCAGUUCCAGCAAAAUUUUCUUGCCAGUGAUUUGGAAGCUGCUUUGGAAACUGCCGGAGAAAGCCUCAAUGUAAUACAACAAGCCGCUAAAUAUUUUAGCUCCCCACAAGCCAUGGAGUCAUUCCUAAAUUACUCAAUGAGCAUGCCACCUGAAGAUGUGUGAAGAUGGGUGUUACUCAAAUUCAGUCUGGGCAGGACUUGCAGGAUUUUUCUUGUUUUAGAACUAAGUAUUCUGCCUCUGUAUUCUGGUUCUUGGUGUGCAUAUUGCAUUGAAUUUGGGGGUGGGGAAUGACUGGAGUCUAAUCAGAGAGGUUCCAAAAACCUUGGCUGCUACAGACGAUAGUGAUAGAGGACUCUCUGGCUAUAGAUAAGUAGAUAUAAUACUAGUAUGGAUAGCUUUAGGAUUUAGAAUCUAACCGCAAGAAUAGAAAGUACAAAGGUGUGAAGGAUUGGGAGGCUUUACUUAUUAAAACCUCAAUUGUGCAGGUGAAGUGUGAAGCUAGAAUACACUUCAUCGAUUUCCUCUGCCCCUUUUGGCACUGUGUUUUACUACAACCUCUAAUUUGUUCCUUACGCUAACAUUUGUAGAAAGAUCUAUUGUAUUUGGCUGCAUCAUGAUAGUAUC